AUGGACAUGUGAUUUUUGCCCAUGUUGUGGAACAACGCUGGGUGUGGAAAAACUUUGGAAUAACUUUAACUAAAAGAAGAACCAUGGAGGUUCGUAAUGUGCUUAAUGAUGCAGUGGAUUUGCUGGAAUUUCGUGACAGAGUCAUUAAAGCCUCUUUGAAUUUUGGCCAUUUAGUAGUUUCAACAUCUCUUCAGUGUUACAUAUUCUCAGUUAAAAACUGGAAUACACCUUUAAUCUUUGACCUCAAAGAAGGAACUGUCAGUUUAAUUUUACAAGCAGAAAGGCAUUUUCUUCUUGUUGAUGGUGGAGGAAUCUAUUUAUAUUCCUAUGAAGGACGUUUAAUUUCCUCUCCAAAGUUUCCAGGAAUGAGACCUGAUAUACUGAAUGGCCAAACCGUAUCUUUAAGUAAUGAUACUUUAGCUGUAAGAGACAAAUCUGAUGAAAAAGUUAUUUAUCUGUUUGAACCUUUAUCUGGCAAACCAUUAGGAGAUGGAAAGCCCCUUAGUCACAAGAUAGAAAUUGUGGAAAUUGCGUUAGAUCAGAAGGGUCUUACAAAUGAAAGGAAAAUUGCUUUUAUUGACAAAAACAGAGAUCUUUAUAUAACUUCCGUGAAGAGAUUUGGAAAAGAACAGAAAAUUAUUAAAAUAGGAACAAUGGUGCAUACUCUGGCAUGGAAUGACACAUGCAACAUACUAUGUGGACUGCAGGAUACACGUUUCACAGUCUGGUACUAUCCCAAUGCAGUGUAUGUAGACAAAGAUCUCUUGCCAAAAACUCUUUAUGAAAAGGAUGCAAGUGAAUUUAGUAAAAAUCCCCAGAUCUUAAGUUUUGUUGGAAGUCAGGUAACAAUCAGGAGAGCGGAUGGCUCACUUAUUCACAUUAGUGUUUCACCAUAUCCAGCUAUUCUUCAUGAAUAUAUAAAUAAUUUGAAAUGGGAAGAUGCCAUCAGAUUGUGUCGCUUUGUUAAGGUAAAUAUGAAGUUAACUUUUAGAAAAAGCUUAAUUUGGCGGGGGUGUGUGUGUGGAAGCAUGUUACUUAAGUUUUUAAAUACAAAUUAGUGCAAUCCCUCCAGAUCCUUUUCAAGGUAAUUUUGCCUGCCUUGUGUGGCACUGAAAAGGACCUGCUGUUUAGAAAAACUAUACAGAUAUCCUCUGCUUUCCUCUGCUUCAGACUAUUAACAGUAUUCACUCCAAAUAUAUUUCAAAGCAUGUUUCUCUGUUCUUUACUACUAAAAUGGAGACAUUUUCUUAUGCUUUAAUGUUUCGCUGCUUCCUGCUUACACUUA